AUGGUUCAACAGGUUUUCUCAUCGUACUUCGUGGGAAAACAAUGCAUAAAGCUUUUCAGCUGCGGUUUGGCGGCAGUGCGGAGCCACGAAUGGGUCUCCGUGGGAUGCAUUAGGGGGGCCACAGGAGCGUCACUAGGAGAGCGCCGUUUCCAUGGCGGCGAACCCAGCCCCCUUGGAUCGAGACUUAAACCGUACCCGCCUCCCAGCGAAGACAUGCUUCGAGCCCUGGAGUACAUCCAGAACCUUCGGGAUCAGACACCUGUCAGUCACCCCGUUACCCUUGACGACAGCCAGCCCAGUAGCCCUGGCGAUGACAGUCUGGACAUGAAGAGCUUCCGCUCUGAGCUAGAGAUGGCCAGGUCAGCUAAGAGCCCUAGGGAUGAUGACGAAAGAGGAGAGGGAGGGGAAGAUCACACUCAACAGUGGCUACAGGCCGUCCUCAGCACUCUGCAGCAGACUGAGGAAGAAUCGACACCACCAAAAAAUGCACCCCAAAAAACACCUCUCAGAGGUUCACCUCAUAGCUCUUACAAUACCAGACCCUUACACAACCUCUCACCAGCAAUCACAGCCAAUCAGGACACGGUGAAGGGUUACGGGAGGAGUAAGUGGGCGGAGCCAGACGGACGACGCCACAGAAAAUACCCUCUUAUGUUUGAGGAUGACGAAGAGGGCCAGCCUUUCAAACGAACCAAUGAGAAUGCAGAAGAACAGUACACGCCUCAGAAACUGGCCACGCUCCAAUCAGUGUUUGAGGAGCUGAGUCGAAUAUCCACUUCCAAAGACAGCAACAAACAGAAGCGCCCCAGUGAUGAUGAUGAUGAUGAUGAUGAUGAUGAUGAUAAUAAUGGUGCUGAUGAUGAAGAAGAUGAUGAUGGUGAUGGUACCGCAUACAGAGUGAGAAAGACAGCAUUUGAUGACCUGUUAGGAAGGGAGGAGGAGUGGUUGCCUUUGGAAGAACAGAUAGAGACGGAGGAAGAGGAGAGAGAGAGACACGAGUUUAACCGAGGCUCUGAUGAUGAAGAUGACGACGAGGAAGAGCGAGAAGAAAAUGAGGAGGACGAUGACAAUGAAGGCAAGAUAAAUGAUGCAGAAGAUGUCAAAAGAUCCAGCCAAUUGGGGGCUCUCCCUUCAGAGCGGGGGGAGGAGCCCAAUGACAUCACCAGGCUUGUUGACUACUACUUGUUGAAGGUUCUAGAACAAAACGAGCAAAAACAGAGGAGAGAUGAAAUGGAAGAGAGAGAACAAGAGGAGGAGGAAGAGAAAGAAAGAGAAAUCAAGGAUGAUGAGGAGGACCAGUUUGAAGAAGAAGAGAGAGACACAAACAAACAGCUAGCCAACGCUAAAUACAGCGUGGACCCUCAAUCUUUCUACCAAGUGCUCCAACUUGCCCAAAAACUCCAGAUACCUCCAGAAGAACUUCUAGAACUUCUCCAAAGUGAGGAGCCCAAAGACUCUGACAAGAUCCUGUCAUCCUCGCAGGCACAAACACAGACUCCUCUAAUCACCCAUUCAUCUUCUCCCAAGACACAUCUAAGUUCUCCUUCAUAUUCCAACAGGCAAUUGCUCGAGACACCUCUAAACAGUGGAGCAACUGGUUCCUUCACCACACAAGACAUCCUAAAUCUCCUUGGGCUUCCUGACACAGAAAUCCAGAGCCCCAAAUACCUUCAAACCCCCAAACAACAUCAAAUCCCCAAGUACAGCAUGCCCUCCAGACCUCAGACGGAGAACGCGUACCCAGAGCUGGACGGAGAAAGAUAUGAUAAACGUGAGUCCGACUACGACGAUACGGUAGGCGAAGACGAACUGGCGAGUUACCUGGCGACACAGAUGUUGACGCAGAAACCACAACGGGAUGCACAACCUCAGUCUUCGUCUCGCGACGAGGAGGAAGAGGAAGAGCAGCUGCUUCUGGGAACUUUAGAACACGCUGUGCAGGAUUACCUGGACGAAACGAACAAAAAAAACAAAGAAAAAAGACAGAGGGAAAACCGAGAGUCGGCCACCGGGCUGGACGACGAUACGCUACUGAGAAUUCUCAACUUCCUCGAGCUGGGAGACGAGGAUAUCGCAGAUAGAGACGUUAAUGGAAAAAUCAUUCCCGGGAUGUAA